GCAACUUCUGAAUAAAAAGGCAAAACAAGAAAGCUGCCAAUCCCUCGUUCUCUCUCUCUCCUCCCCCCAAAACAGGCUUGUGGGAAAAAGCAGAGGAAAUCUCGCAAGAAAACCUCUUCACUCUUCCUCACCAUUUCGAUCUUCUCCAUCUUCUCCGCAAACAAUGCUCGAUUCCAGAAACCGACUCGGAUGAUGGAACUCAACGAUUCCUCCUCCGACAGGCUCUCUGAACCCCGGAGCGGCGUCAAGGACGAGAAUCGCUCCUUUCUCGAAAUCGAUCUCAACGAAAUCCCCGCCGCCGCAGCCGCCGGAUCUAGCACCGGUGGUCAGGAUACCGACGCUGACUUUGAACCCGUCGAAGUUGUUCGCGCAAUCCAUGAUAAUCCGGACCCCGCCCCGGGCGCGCCUGCCGAGGUGCCUGGUCCGGAUCAGGCCGCCACGUGCGGCGCGUGCGGGAGGCCCGAGUCGCCGGACCUCGUGGUGGUCUGCGAUGGCUGUGAGCGAGGGUUUCAUCUUGGGUGUGUCAACGGUGGAGUGGAGGCGGCGCCGGCCUCUGAUUGGAUUUGUGGCGACUGUGUUAGUAGCGGCGUGAGGAGCAAACUUUGGCCGUUGGGGUUGAAGUCUAAGCUUCUUCUGGAUAUCAACGCCUCCCCGCCGAGUGACGUGGAGGGAGACGGGAACGGAGAUGAGGAGAUACCGGACUUGAGAAAGCACAUGCCAGCCAGCAGUUCUUUCCUUGGCAAUGCUUUCGGAAAUGCAAUGACCUACUCAAGCUUUUUGAAUCCUGGUAGAGGAUAUGACAAUCAUAAAGCUUCAGGGGUAACUGCUUGCAAUACCAAAAUAGGUUUAAAAGAUUUAUUGGGUUCUCAUGCUCUAGAGAGUUUUCAGCAGUUAGGUUUUGGUUUUCCACUAGGAAGCCUGGUUAAUAGUAGUACGCCCUUCAGAAUUCCGUCAUGGAAUACAAGCGAGUUGCUUCUGCAGGGCCUCAGGAAUUUCAUCACUGAAAGGCAUGGAGUAUUGGAGGAUGGUUGGCAUGUUGAAUUAAAACAUUCUUUGGACAGUAAUGAUCUCUGUGCAGUGUACUGUGCACCAAAUGGGGAAACAUUUGGUUCAAUGCGAGAAGUUGCUUGUUAUCUGGGUUUGACAGCUAAUGGUAACUACAGUGGCAUGGAUGCUGAAAUCAGGAAUCAGAGUUCUCCUCUGCAAGAAGGACAACGUUUAGCCAAGAGAAGAAAGACGUCGAGACUGUCCAUCAAUGGUUUUCCUGAGCAAAAGGGGAGUCCAGCAACUGCUCAAUGCAGGCGCUUUCCCUUCAAUGGGCAGAUAAUUUACAGUUCAUCCCUUAAAUCUGGUACUCUUUUGCAGGCUGGUGAAUCUGUUUCUCCUGGAAUUGGUGACUUCAAGUUUGGACGAGCUAGAAAUGGGUUUCCGAUCCAGUUUGAAGAUUUCUAUGUUUUGUCUCUGGGACAAGUUGAUACAAGGCAGUCUUAUCACGAAGUUAAUAAUAUCUAUCCGAUAGGUUAUAAGUCCUGUUGGCAUGACAAGAUCACAGGGUCUCUUUUUACAUGUGAAGUAUCUGAUGGUGGUGUUUCUGGCCCUGUUUUCAAGGUCAAACGGUCCUCUUGCUCUGAAUUGUCUGUUCCAGUUGGAUCAACUGUUCUCUCUUGUCCCAAAAUCGAGCAAUUUUUCUUACGGAACAAUCAAGAAGGUGGUGAUCUCAUAGACAAUAAUCGGGAGCAUGAUGUUGAGAUUCUCCUUUCAGAUCCCUGUCCACCUCUUGGAGAUGACAUCUUGUCUUGUUUGGACAAUAGUAGACAUGGUAAGGCAUUUGACCACUUGCAUGGGGUAGUUGGUUCUGUUCGUGACAUUUUCAGCAGCCCAUCAUCAAAUAACCUGGAGCAUGGGGAUGAAAUUGGUGAAAUUAUUGUGGAAGAGGAUUCGUUGUCCGCUGCAUGGAAAAAGGUUUCUGAGAAAGUCAUUGAUGCAUGUUCCAAAAUCUAUAACCAGAAUGGUACCUUGAAGUUCUUUUGCAAACAUGAUGAGAAAGGAACAAAGAUCAACUGGGAUAUGAUGAAUGACAAAGACAAUUCGUUUUUAUCUUCGUUGUCAAAGUUUUGCUGCUCUUUUGCGCCUGUUGAUACUACAUCUGAGGAUAUGGAUAAAAUUGAGAUUGCAACUUUAGCUGAUACUUUAUCGAGGUGGCUAGAUCAGGAUAGGUUUGGACUUGAUGCAGAAUUUGUGCUGGAAAUGAUCGAACAUCUACCUGGUGCUGACUCUUGUUUGAAAUACAGAUUUCUGAAGAAUAGAAAUUCUGUUUCGGUUUCUGCAACUGUUGGCAAUGGAGUUCUACUCGUCAAUGCAAAGGGUGGAGAAGAGGCCAAGGAAGAUGCAUAUGGUGGGUUUUCUCAUAGUUGCAAGAGGCCUAGAUUGAAUGGUGGUUGUGGUGUGCGCAAUGGACGCCCUCCCCCUGGGAGGCCAUUGUGCCUGAGGCUUCCUCCUGCUCUUGUUGGUGACUUCCUUCAGGUAUCUGAGGUAUUUUGGCGUUUCCAUGAAGUUUUGGGCUUGGAAGAGCCUUUCACGCUAGAGAAGCUUGAAGAUGAGCUUAUCAACCCGCAGUUUGACAGUUUAGUUCUUGAUAAACAUGGGAAAGAAGUUAACAGAAGUUGGAUAAACUCCAGAGAUUUAGAUUGUACAGCUAGGAAUACUCCACCUCUUUCUUCAGAAAAUUCCUCUUCUUCCUUACAAAUGGGUACAAAAACAAGGGAGCAUUGUGAAGCUAAGCUUUCAGAUUCCUCUCAGGGGCAGUGCUUAGAUGCGCUUUUAACAAGGGCUCACGUUUCGCUUCUGCAAGUGCUAAUAUGUGAACUGCAAUCCAUGGUAGCUGCGUUUGUUGAUCCAAACUUUGAUUCCGGAGAAUCAAGAUCCAGAAGAGGUCGGAAAAAGGAUGACACUUCUCUUUCUGCUAAAAGAAACAAGCUACAUAUGCUUCCUGUUAAUGAGCUUACGUGGCCUGAAUUAGCUCGUAGAUACAUUUUGUCCUUUUUAUCGAUGGAUGGCAACCUUGAAUCAGCAGAGAUUGCUGCCCGUGAAAGUGGGAAAGUAUUCCGUUGCUUACAAGGUGAUGGUGGCUUACUUUGUGGUUCACUCACGGGAGUGGCUGGGAUGGAAGCGGAUGCAAUGUUGCUCGCAGAGGCUACAAAGAAAGUAUUUGGUUCUUUGAAAAGAGAAAAUGCUGUUCUUUCUGUGGAAGAAGGUGACUCUGGUGCCCCUGAAACCAACACCUGCAAUGGUGAUAUGCCUGAGUGGGCGCAGAUAUUGGAACCUGUAAAAAAGCUACCGACAAAUGUUGGGACUAGAAUCAGGAAAUGCGUUUAUGAAGCUUUGGAGAAAAAUCCACCAGAUUGGGCAAAGAAGAUAUUGGAGCAUUCCAUCAGCAAAGAAAUCUAUAAAGGAAAUGCAUCAGGGCCAACAAAGAAAGCUGUCCUUUCGUUGCUAGCGGAUGUGAGAGGAGGAGAUUUAGAGCAGAAGACUGUAAAAGCAACCAAGAAAAGGAGUAUUAUAGAUGUAUCUGAUGUUAUUAUGAAGAAAUGUCGUGUUGUAUUGCGAGAUGUUGCUACUGCUGAUGAUGACAAGGUCUUUUGCACCUUGUUGGGGCGGAAGUUACUAAAUUCCAGCGAUAAUGAUGAUGAAGGACUCCUGGGAUCUCCUGCCAUGGUAUCACGUCCCCUAGACUUUAGAACUAUCGAUCUGAGGUUGGCUACAGGUUCAUAUGGUGGAUCACAUGAAGCUUUUCUUGAGGAUGUUCGUGAGCUAUGGAGUAACAUACGUGCUAUGUAUGUUGAUCAACCCGAUUGUGUAGAAUUGGCUGAAACAUUGUCCCAAAAAUUUGAGUCACUGUGUGAGGCCGAGGUUCUACCACUCGUUCAGAAACUUAUGGACUACACAAAAUCUGAGUGCUUAAGUGCUGAGAUGAAAAAGGAAAUAAAAGAUUUGGUUGCUUCAACAAACAAGCUUCCCAAGGCUCCCUGGGAUGAGGGGGUGUGUAAAGUAUGUGGCGUUGACAAAGAUGAUGACAGUGUUCUCUUGUGUGAUACAUGUGAUGCUGAGUAUCACACAUAUUGUUUGAAUCCUCCACUGAUUAGGAUUCCUGAAGGAAAUUGGUAUUGUCCAUCCUGUGUCAUAGCCAAACGCAUGGCUGAAGAUGCUCUAGAAUCUUACAAACUAAUCAGGCGAAGGAAAGGUAGAAAGUAUCAGGGGGAAGUUACUCGGAUUUAUUUGGAAACAACUGGCCGUCUAGCUGCUGUGAUGGAAGAAAAAGACUAUUGGGAGUUCAGUGCCGAGGAGAGAAUCUUGCUGCUUAAGCUUCUGUGUGAUGAGCUGCUUAGCUCAGUCCUUGUUCAUCAACACCUUGAGCAGUGUGCUGAAGCUAUAGUUGAAUUGCAGCAGAAGUUGCGUUCUCUUUCAUCAGAAUGGAGAAACAUGAAGUUUAGGGAAGAAUUCCUGUCGGCCAAACUUGCAAAGGUCAAUCCAAGUAUUCUGAAGGAAUUGGUAGAGCCGCAAAAAUCAAGUGGUUCUGCGGAUCACCUUGGAAGUGAUUCACGACCGCGGGAUGGUAUUGGAAGCAGAGCUACGCUUGACGAUUUAAGCGAGCAUUCUUCUGCUACAUUGUCUAACAACAAUGGCGGAAAACCUGCACUUGAUACCAGUACUCAACCAGAAGAUGCAUGUUCUAUUUCUGGUGAGAGUAAGAUCCUCCCUUUGAAGAAAGAUACAGCCCCUAGCUCAUGUGAGUUGCCUAUGCCUGUGCACAAGUCAGUUGGAAAGAAUCAGGAAGAACCUUCUCUACCAUCGAAUUCGGUGGAGUUGCAUACAUGUCAUGAUGCAUCUUCUCUGGCUUCUGAGGAGGUGCAGGCUUGUCAACUUGAGUUGAAUACCAUCAACAAUGACAUUCUUCAUCUACAAAAAUCAAUGACAAGCAUAGAGUCACAGCUUUUGAAGCAAUCUAUACGGAGAGACUUUCUGGGUUGUGAUUCUGGUGAUCGUUUAUACUGGCUUUCGUGCUUGCCAGAUGGGCAUCCUCAUAUAUUUGUUGAUGAAAGCGUCUCUGUGCAAAAAUCCUUAUCAUUGCAUAGCCAUACGGAUUUGAUUGGUUCAAAAGCUCCAUCCCCAUUUCUAAGUGGAGUUGACCAUGGUAGGGUAAUGCGAUCACCGUGGACCUAUUAUGAAACGGAUACAGAAAUUGAAGAACUGGUUCAAUGGCUGAAGGAUGAUGACCCCAAAGAAAGAGACCUAAAAGAGGCUAUUAUGUGCUGGAAAAGGUUAAGAUUUCAGGAGCCUCAAAAUGAAAGGAGCAAACCAGAGAAUUCCUUGUCUCAAGUUUCCCCUGCUCCUCUUGUGACCAAGGCUGCCAUGUCACUGGUGAAGAGAUAUGGUCCAUGUUUCAAACUGGAAAAUGAAACUGUCAGAAAACGGGGGAAGAAGACAAAGUUUGCAGAGCGAGAGAAACUAUAUAGAUGUGAAUGCUUAGAGCCUGUCUUGCCGUCCAUGAUUCACUGCCUCAUAUGCCACAAAACGUUCUCAAGUGAUGGUGAAUUUGAGGAGCACAGUGAUGGUAGGUGUAUUGCAGCACCACUAGUGAAUAAAGGCGAGGAAGUUCCUGAUUCUUCGAAAGGGAAAGGAAAUGUGAAAUCUAAUUGUCUUAACUCGAAAUCCAGUGCUGGGAAUGACCUAGUUGAAGUGCCCAAUGAUUCUGAGCUUGGUUCUGGGCUGAUAAGAUAUCAAGAUGAAGAAUCCAUCUCCCCGUACCACUUUGAAGAGAUCUGUGCCAAGUUUGUGACAAAGGAUUCUAACAGAGAUUUGGUUAAAGAGAUAGGUUUGAUUGGUUCGAAUGGAAUUCCAAAAUUGAUUCCAUCGUCAUCUGUUUAUGUUAAGGAAUCUAUGCUUAUCUCUGUCACAUCCAAGGAGCAAGAUGGUGAUUCAAGUGAUCAGCUCGUGCCCACGGACAGAAUGUCUCUCUUACAUGGCAAUACCAAAGCUAAUGGUGAGGGUCUCUACUGUGAAUCUGAUGUGUCACUUGGUAGUGAUUUCGGUUGUGUAGCAAAACCGAAUGGACCGGUGGGGUACGGAUUGUCAGAGCGAAAGAACCAGAGAUCUUCAGGUAAUCAUUACGAACCUGAUGGGGUGAAGGGGUGCUGUGUGGUUCCCCAAACUUCUCUGAGACCUGUUGGUGGGAAAGGUUCAUCUAUUUUCAGGUUGCUUAGAAAAAACUUGCUUGAAAUGGAUGCGGCACUACCUGAACACUCCUUGAGACCUUCUAAAGCGCACUUAGACCACAGAUGGGCCUGGCGUGCAUUUGUCAAAUCUGCGAAAAGCAUUUAUGAGUUGGUUCAAGCAACAAUUGUGUUGGAAGACAUGAUCAGGACAGAGUACUUGAGGAAUGAGUGGUGGUACUGGUCAUCCCUCUCAGCUGCUGCCAAAACUUCAACACUCUCAGCCCUUUCCCUCCGUAUCUACGCCCUCGAUGCUGCGAUUUUGUAUGAUAAAACCACCUCUGAGUCAAAUCCUAAUGAAGAAACGAAGCCCACCAGCUUGACAGACCAGAAGCCACAACCUUCUUCAGAAACGCAAGAAAAGGGGAAAGGAAGCAGGAGGUCUGGUAAGAAGAGGAAAGAAGCCGAGGGAUGAUUGCGGGUUCCUGUCUGUAUAACUGUGGAAGUAUUGAUGUGGAUGAACUUGUACUGAAGCUUAGCAGCUCUGCCCAUGUCUCCGGAGAAUAAAACCAGCACUUGUCCUUGACACUGGGGGCACCUUGAUUUCUGAUGGAAAGUUCGAGUCUGAUCACGUUGCCGGUUGGUUCUGAAGACUGGUUGCUGAUUUGUGCGUGGCUGAUGAGCCAUGUGUAUGUAGGUAUAGGGAAGGUUCCUCUCAAGCUCAUGGCAAAGUUUAUCAAGCUGGAUUUCUCUUCUUGGAUUGGGCUGGAUAGAGAGGAACAUGGGUGCGGGCAUGUAGGGCUUCUUUUUCUUUUCUUUUUUUACUUAAAAGUUAAUCAGGAAGAAAAAAGAGGGAGCAGCAGCGGGGGAGGAACGGCAUAUUAGAUGAGGGAAUAUGUACACAUUAUAGAAGAUGGGGGCUAAUGAGAGGAAAGAUGACAGCGAAUGUAGAAUUAGUGUUUAAGAGCUGUAGACAUAUAGCUGGCUGUGGCUGGUAUCAGGCAGGCAGCAUAAUUUUCAUUC